UUAACAUAUAGCGUCCGGGGCUAACGCUAGCUCGAUAUUAUAGUAACAUUAACAUUACUGUCAUUGCCGACUACUAGCCUUAGCCAUCAUUAAGCUAAUUAACACCCACCAGGAAGCAGUUCAUCCUAAACUGGUUGCCUACCUAGUUUACACGAUAGCGACUAACGUUAACUAACUCAGCUUGUCAUUUAGCAUCAAACGUUUUGUUUCAUUUAAACUAACGUAACGGUUAGCUGUUAAAUGUUAGCUAACUAACCCAUCUCACGGAGGGGUAAUUAUCAGUGGAGUAGCAUAGAUGUAACGUGACAUAUUGCACAUAAUUAGCUAAGAACCAAAAAAUUGAAACAGCAUGUCUCACGUUUACAUUUUUUAAUAAUUAGUUAGCAGACUAACGUUUGCUUAAGUGAAUAGUAAACUUCAUAACUAGCUUCUAGCUCCACUUGGGAAACCGUAUCUUGUCGGGUAACUGUUAAAAGUUAAGAAAAACCAAGCGGAAGGAGACAAGAUGUGCUAUUUCGAGCUAUUUUCCGUCAGUGUCAACAGGUGAGCUGUUCAGAUGAGAUCAUAUUGGCCAAAUUAUUUUGACCAGGGGUGCUAGGACAAAGUCAAAUGCUUUGUAAAACGAUACAGUCUCCCAGUGCGACCUCACCAAAUCCAGCUUUUAGCGACUAGAUAUGCGUCUUUCAUCCUUUUUGGCCGUAUUCCGGCCCGCUUUACCCCUAAUUCUGGGGCUGUCUUUGGGGUGCAGUCUGAGCCUUUUGAUGGUGUCGUGGACCCAAGGGGACACAGAUGACUCCUGUGUUGAUGAACUGGGCAACGGGGGCCGUUUCCUAGGCAGAGAGGCUCAGAGGGAUCCAAGGGAUGGGGCUGGAAAUGAAGACUUCCAACCACGCAUUGUGCCCUAUCACAAGGACCCCAACAAACCACACAAGAAAGUCCUCAGGACUCGAUAUAUUCACACUGAGCUUGGCAUCAGAGAGCGACUACUGGUGGGCGUACUGACCUCGCGGGCCACCCUCAACACGCUAGCCGUGGCAGUGAACCGCACAGUUGCCCACCACUUCCACCGCACCUUUUUCUUCACGGGCCUGCGAAGCCCCAAGGUGCCCCAUGGCAUGACUGUGGUUGCCCAUGGUGAUGACCGCCCGGUUUGGCUGAUGUAUGAGACAGUGCGCCACCUGCACCAGCACUACGGCUCAGACUAUGACUGGUUCUACCUUGCCCAGGAUGACACGUACAUGCAGGCUGAGCGUCUGUCAGAGCUAGUGGGCCACCUCAGUGCAGGGCAGGACCUGUAUAUGGGCAGGGCUGAGGAGUUCAUUGGUGGGGAGGAGAAGGCACGGUACUGCCAUGGAGGCUAUGGCUACCUGCUGUCCCGCAGUUUGCUGGCACGGCUGCAGCCGCACCUGGACACUUGUCGCAAUGACAUCCUCAGUGUAAGACCUGAUGAGUGGCUGGGCCGCUGCAUUAUUGACUACCUGGGUCUCAGCUGUGUGGAGGUGCAUCAGGAAAUGACUUAUCGUUACUUUGAGCUUGGGAAAAAUGCAGAUCCGGAGCGUGAGGAUAGCGCUCAGUUUAAAAAUGCUUUCACAGUCCAUCCUGUUUCGGAACCAAAUCUUAUGUACCGCCUGCACAAGCGCUUCAGCCAGAUUGAGCUGGAGUGGACUUACCUACAGAUCCAGCAGCUACAGAUGCAGAUCAACAACCUGAGUGACUUGACUCCUGAGGGUAAGGCCGGAGCCACGUGGCCCAUCGGAAUCAACCCUCCCUUCAAACCUAAGACCCGCUUUGAGGUUAUCAAUUGGGAGUACUUCACUGAAGAGCAUAUUUAUUCAUGCAUUGACAGCUCACCCAAGUGUGAGCUCCGAGGGGCUGACCGUGCUGAUGUCAGUGCUGUAUUAGAGAUUGCAGUGGAGCGCCUCAAUGAGCGCUACCAGCCCCAGCUACGAUUCCGCAAGCGGCGUCUACUCAACGGCUACCGGCGCUUCGACCCCACACGUGGUAUGGAGUAUGUGCUGGACCUGGCACUGGAGGCCUACACCCAAAAAGGCCACAGCCAGGUGAUUGGUAAACGGGUUAACCUGUUGCGACCUCUUAGUGCAAUUGAAAUUAUCCCGAUGCCUUAUGUGACAGAAGCAACACGUGUGCAGGUCAUUCUUCCUGUCACGGCCCAGGAUCAGGACUAUGUGGGUAACUUCCUGGACAUGUACGUGAUGAAUACUUUAGACACCCAUGACAACGUUCUGCUCACGUUCUUGUUCAUCUAUGACCCCUUUGAUGCGCAGCGGGUCAGCCAGACUGAUGUCUUUGCUGGGAUCAAGGCUAUGAUUGGGGAGGUGGAGAAGCGCUAUGGAGAUGUAAAGAUCCCCUGGAUCAGUGUGAAGACUGAGGUGCCUUCACAGGUCAAGCUGAUGGAUAUCAUCUCCAAGAAGCAUCCAGUGGACACUCUGUUCUUCCUGGCCAGUGUUUGGACGGAGGUCAAUGCUGACUUCCUCAACCGCUGCCGAAUGAACGCCAUCAGCAACUGGCAAGUCUUCUUCCCCAUUCACUUCCAAGAGUUCAGCCCUGCUGUCGUCUACCGCGAUCAGCAGCCAUCCGCUGCCUCCUCUUCUUUUGCAUCUGAGGCACUGCGAGACGGCCACUUUGACCGCCAUGUCUUCGAUGAGGCUUGCUUCUACAAUGCUGACUACAUGACUGCACGAACAAAGAUGGCUGCUGACAUCUUGGACAAUGAGGAACUGCUGGAGAGCAUGGACGUGUAUGACAUAUUUGUCCGCUACUCAGGCCUUCAUGUUUUCCGAGCAGUAGAGCCUGCGCUGAUCCAGAAAUAUGUACGGCGAACAUGCAACCCAAGGUUCAGUGAAGAUAUCUACCACCGCUGUGUGCUCAGCAACCUGGAGGGCCUUGCCUCACGCUCCCAUCUAGCAAUGGCUCUGUUUGAACAGGAGCAGGCCAAUAGCACCUAGAAAAGGCUCGAGUGCCUUUCAGAGUGUAGGAUCCUCAACCAUACUGCCUGAACGGACUUCCGAGUAAUAAAGCAGAAUAAUGUGAAUAAUAUGAUACUAUUGGUUAGUUUAAUGAAAUUUUCUGUCCUCAUGCCCCCCUUCACUGGGAGGUUAGAGGGCAGCCACAGAAAAGCACCCCUGGAGCUGGGAGGGAUUUAGUGUCUUGCUCAAGGACACUUCAGCGGGCGGAUGCUUACUAACACUGGGGCAUGAACUCAAAUCCUCCAACUUAAAGCCGGCCUCUGUGCUCAGCUGAUUUCACCACCCUGCUGCCCCAACAAGUUUGACUCCUGAGUUUAUGACUGUGAUGACGGAUGAAUUAUGAGUCAUGGAGGUGUAACUUAAUGCAAUGUCCUGAAUUUGGACCACAGACUUGCACAAAUGACUGGAGAGCUGUUACCUGUAUUCCUGCCAUAGAUAUAUUUGUUAUGUUUUAUGGGUUUGUCCUUUGAGUUUUUGUCUUGAAAUAAUUAAUGAACAAAGGCCUUCAUUGUCAACUGAUUUAUUAAUAAUUAGUUUUGCAUUGAGAGAGAGAGAGAAAAAAAAACAUGAGCCAUAAAUCUUCCUUGAUGGAGAUUUUGAAGAUAAUACUGGAAUCAAACAGAAGCCAUUGGCUGUCUUUUCUUCAAGAUAUGUUCUUUUUUAAGUGGUAUUAAAGAGUGCUGUUCCACUCAGA